ACCAAAAAAAGAUCAAGAUGAACCAACGGUUGAAAUGUCUCCUCCUUGAGCAAUUGGUAAGGGUUUAGGGUUUUGGAUUGAACCCAUGAAUGCAACACCAAGCCCCUCCUUUUCUCACACACUCAGAAGAAUCCCCAAACCAACACACUUUCCUCCAAGACCACACAGGCUCCUCACUUCCCAUUUUAGCAUUAGGGUCUUAGCCACCCAAAAUGCUCCAAAGCCCGCAAAUUCUUGUCCCCAAAAUGCUCAACAUGAUCCAGGAAAUUUACCCCUCUGGACUGCCACUGAGAUAGCUGAAGCUGUAAAUGGAAGAAUUGUGAAAUGGGGUUCUCCUGGAACCAUUUCUACAGACACCAGAGCCCUUGAGCCCAACCAAUGGUUCUUCGCCAUUGCCGGCGAAAACUUCGAUGCCCACGAUUUCAUAACCCCGGAAUUAUCUGGAAAAGGAUGCGUUGGGGUUAUUGGUAACCGGGUUCGCGAGAAUUGGAAUAAUGGUUUUAUCGAAAUCAGUGGUGAUACUGUGAAUUCAUUGGUGAAGAUGGCCAACUAUGCAAGAAAGCAUAGGUUCCAUGGUGCAUUGGUGGGAGUGACUGGUAGUGUGGGAAAAACUACUACAAAGAGUAUGAUAGCUUUGGCUAUUGAAAGCCUGGGAAACCGGGUUUAUCAAAGUCCCGGGAAUUGGAAUAAUAGGAUUGGAGUUGCUUUGUCAUUGAUUGGGAUUCCUAGAAAUGCAGGAAGUGUGAUUUUGGAGAUGGGGAUGAGUGCAAAGGGUGAGAUUUUGGAGCUUGCAAGGAUGGCUACGCCGUCCAUAAGAGUGAUUUUGAAUGUGGGGCCUUCGCAUUUGGAGAGCUUUGCGAGUUUGGCGGAGAUUGCAUUGGCAAAAGGGGAGAUUCUAGAGGAAGUGGAACCCGGGGAUGUGUGUGUUUUGAAUGCUGAUGAUCCAUUAGUUAUGAGCCUUCCUAUUCCAUAUGGCAUUAAAAAGGUGCUCUUUGGUCGGAGAGAGGGGUGUGAUGUCCGGUUGAUUGUGGCAGAAAGUGUUGAUGGAGGUCUUGGAGUUCGAGUUGUACUAGAGAAAAAUAAAGAGAAGGUUGAAUUUCUAAUUCCUAGUCCCGGUCUGCAUCUUGCGACCAAUGCAUGUGCAGCAGCGGCAGUUGCAACUCUGUUGGGUGCCUCUCUUCCUCAAGUUGGGAUGUGCUUGUCAAGAUUUUGUCCUGUUCAGAUGAGGUCGGAGCUUGAAGUUACUAAAAAUGGAAUCAAAAUAGUAAAUGAUAUCUACAAUGCCAAUCCUGUUAGCACCAAAGCUGCCAUUGACCUACUUAAGACCAUUGAUUGCUGUGGUAAAAGAGUUUCUGUACUUGGAGACAUGUUAGAACUUGGUUCAUUUGAGAUGGAGUCUCAUGAAAUGAUUUUAAAUCAUUGUUACGAUUCCCGUAUUGACUUAGUUGGCCUCGUUGGGAAGAGAUAUUUUGCAGCAGCUGAGAAUUUGAAUUUAUUUGAUAAGAUAAACACUGUACAUGCCCCUGAUGCAGCAACCCUUGCACUGGAAAUCGUGAAGAGGCUAGAUUGUAUUGAUGUUGUUUUGGUGAAGGGUAGUCGUGCAAUGAAAAUGGAGAGAAUAGUUGAUGCAAUUAAAGCAAUGAAUAUGCUGAGUCCAUGUUUAUAGUCAUUCUUAAUUUCCUGCUGAUAAGGCUUCUGAAUUUUACAGGACGAAAAGUGCUUCUUUUUGCAGUUUACUCUC